GUGACAUCCAAACGCACCCUGAAACUGGUAACGCCUACCGCAAUGGAACUCCUCAACGUCCGCGCCGAAUAAAAUACAACGAGUACAUAUCCGAGAGCACAUGCAUGUGCUCAAGUUCCGGUAAGGACGGGCCUGACAAAAGAAAUGAGCCUUCGGCCGUGGAUGAUUGGUGGCUCAUGGUAUGUGUUCAUCACGCCCCAACAUUGUCGCGUCUCAUAGGUGUACUUUCUCUGAUACGACCUGUCCAUGUCUGUGUUCCGCCUGGAUCGAGAGGGGCUGCUGUGUUGAUGGCGGCUCGAUUUCGAGUCGGAUGACUCCUGUUGGACCGUCGUUUGCGUUUGUGUCGUUUGAGAACCUGGAGCGAUAGGCGUUAGCAUUUUGAGGGCAAGAGCAGGCACAGCCAUGGGCAAGUGGGGGUGCAGGACCAAGCAAGCCAAGCUUCAUGGUGCCAGGGGACAGUGGGCUUUGGAGGCGACUUACUCAUCGCGAGAACCCCUUGACUCUGCCUUGACGAUUGCGGCAACAAACAGAGCCACAAGAAAGAUGACAACCACCUCGACGCGAUGGCGGUAUGCCGCAAAGGCGCGAUGGCAAGGGUGAGCCGUGGAGGAUGUGGUGGUUGGCUGGUGCCCUCGGGUCGCCGGUGCCUCUGCGGUUUGGUGGACUGUGCCGACCUUUUCGCUGGUGACUGGGGCGGUGCUGGCCACAACCUGGCUCUUGUGUCCCUUCCGCGGCAGGGAGAGGAGGUAUGUUGUCGGGAUAGGUUUUUGCUCCGCUAGAACAACCGAUGGCAUGGCCGAGCUAGGGGGCAUCUGCGGCCGGUUGUCGAUGGGCUCCAAGGACUGAGCGCCGCCGUUGAGCACGGGCAAGGGCGUUUCUGGCUUUACUCGCGUUUGAGGCGGGGAAUGGGGCACUUCGAUACCGGCCCCGUCAACGACAGCGAGGACGGGACGCGCAGCGGCGAGCCGCAGGAGGAGCGGUAGAAGCAAUGCCGCCUUCAUGGUGCUGGUGGUGUGUGAGUGGCGCGUGGAGUCGGAUCGACCAAGGUGAGAAGAGGGACGUGGGGCUCGUGUGCGGAUGCGUGUGUGCCUUGGUCCUCGAUCGUCCCUCGGUGUGCCUAGUCCUCGGCGUGCCUCGUGUUGUCGGCGUGGGUGGUGGAAAUGUGGAUGAAGGUCGGGGGAGAGCGGGAGCGUGGCGUGGGCUUAUUUAUUCUGGAUGGCUUUUCGAUGCCCAGGUGAAAGCGAAGCUGGAUUGCAAGCGGAGACAAUGCUUCUUUGCACCACUUUAGCAGGGGGCUGCAGGGCUGCCGAUAGUUUAUUCAACGAGGAUUUCGGCGAGCCGCCUAUAUUGCGCCAUGCUUCUCCAAAUCGGGCCAAAAGGUUCGACAAGGCCCUCCCCACCGUCGCAUGAACGUGGUUAUGACAGCCCAGCCCAAAACACAGCGCACAACCAGCCCCAGGUUCCGGUGCUUAAAAUACACCCAAUGGCCCGUCGGACAGUCAAGCACCCUGCUGGCAUGCGUGUUGCUUGCCUAUCAUUCCCCAACGAACGCCGGAAACUUGGAAAUUUCUGGUUCCAGCACGCAGGCCAGGCAGACGCAGGCUCAACCCUUGCGUGCUUUGUCGGAACAGCGAAUGAGGCACAACAUGAACCCAGAGGAGAAGGGGGCCAGAAGCACUGGCAUUGGGCCACGCGCCGCGACCAGUGCAUGCCAAGACACGCCAUUUGCUCCUUGCUCAUGUCCGUUUUCCAGCUGACGGCGCCCAAUCGAAUGGGCUGGCCGUUCCACGAGGUCUAGGCCUGCCCGCCAGACGGAUAUCAAGAGCAAGAUUUGUGUCUGGACCACGGCCUAUGCCAGGGGACCCUUGCAGUCCCUGUGGGCCACCCGUGGUCCGUGGUGCGCGGGUUCCGGCGCAGCACAAUCAUGGCUGGUGGCGCAUGCACGAACGCCAAGUUCCAGCGCUCCAGCACCCGCAGCAGGUUCCACCGGGGAAUCCCAGGAAGCCCGAACCGGCCACAGCACACAAGCACCCGCGGAAACAUCCUGCUCACGACCCUCACGUGGCUCGUCGGGCCUGCGCAGCGCUCGCUUCAACGUCGCUCUUUCAUCCGCGGAAUCCACGGGUGGCCUGCUCCAUGGCGCCGCUCUCUGGUCUGCACCAGUCGUCCUUGCCCUCGGACUUCGAGGACACAUACCAGUCGACUGCUGCCCGGCCUAGCCCCUCGUCAUACUUGACGCCAACAAGGCCCUCAGCCCCCGAGCGUAGUCUCAAUACCGUCAGCAACAGCAGUACCGAUGCCGUCAACCGCCGUUCGAGGCAGCGAGAUAGCCGCAGCCGCAGCCGCCGAAGGGCCAAGAGAACUUGGAAGAAGCUGCUCUGGGUGAAGCAGUCAUACCCCGAUAACUACACAGAUCAAGCAACCUUCCUCGACAACCUCCAGCGGAACCCGCGGCUCCAGCCCUACGAGUUCUGGCCUCUUGUUGCCGACUCUACCGUCAUUGUUCAGCAUGUGUGCUCCGUCAUAAUCUUCGUCGUGUGCUUCGUCAGCAUUUUCCAGGAGCGCGUGAGUCCCGUGUCGGUCGUAAGCUGGGGCAGCUUUGCGACCUUUGUCGGUUGGUGUCUUGUCGAUCGAUGGGUGGGCCAGGAGGCCGCCGAGGAGGAUGUCAGUCGUGGCGCUCUCACGUCCGCCGACCCGUCGAACCUGGCCAAUCACACGCAUUUUGAUCGUCUUUCGAGGUCUUCCCUGCCCGACAGGUCUGGCUCACUGACUGGGGGGGCUAUCUCGAGGAGUACCAACCCCGCCGCGACGGCUGUUGGCGCUUCCGCCGUUUCCGACGCCGACGUGCCCUCCACAGCCAGCUCCACUUCUAACCUGCUGCCCCGCCCUACCCCGGCCGAGCGGCCGAGACUCUCCAUCAUUUCCGGCAGCGGUGACGAGCAUGGUGGAUCAACGCUAGACCGUGGCGGCGCCCUCUCUGCUGCAAACCCAUAUUCGAUCUCGGCCGUCUCGCUGAUCUCGGCCACCUCUCAAAUGAGCGCGACGAGCCCCACCGCGCGCAACGACAUCCUGGCCGGGCCUAGACACAGGCCAUCGUCACCCCUCCGGGGCGGCCGCGCCCAUCUCCGUAUCAACGCCAUGAAGUCAGCUCUUCUGAUAUACUUCACUCUGCUUGGCCUGUCGCCGAUUCUCAAGUCGUUGACUCGCUCCACAUCGUCUGACAGCAUCUGGGCCAUGUCCUUCUGGCUGCUUGCGAUCAACAUCUUCUUUUUCGACUAUUCGGGUACCUGGGCCGGUGUAAACAACAUUUCAGUCGCCUCCCUGUCAACCAAUGCGGCCCUAAUGGCGUCCACCGUUCUUGCCAGCCGCCUGCCAUCAACCGGCCAGGUAUUCGGCCUGACGCUAUUCAGUAUUGAAGUCUUUGGGCUUUUCCCUGUCUUUCGCCGCUUCGCCCGCCACCGGAGCUGGCGUUUCCACGUCCUUCUCACCAUGCUGCUCGUGCUUGGCGCCGGUGCCGGCGUGGGCAUGACCAUGGCCAGACACGACCCCGACGCGACCUGGCCUUGGAAGAGCGGCCUGGUAGGCAUGCUUGUAGGCUGUGUAAUCUCUGCCAGCGCCAUGGGCGGGUGCAGCUGGUGGCUCCUGGGUCUACAAAAGUACAAAAACGAGAUAUACGGCCCAUGGGACCCGGCUCGGCCGGUCAUCAUCAGCAGACGUCACUGGGAUGACGAAUAGCAAGACCCAGGACACAAAUCCUAAACUCACUGUUCCACCACCCCGACAGGAAAUAUGCUGGUUGGCUGAUUGAAUCAUACAAGGGGCCCACAUUGGCCACUUGCCCUAGGAAACCAUGCCCGGCUUGCGCUGCCAGGCCGCUACCUAGUUUUUGUGCGAGGAUGUGUCUUUCAUCAACCUCAUGGCACUUUCUCGAUAGCCACCUGCACCUCCAUGCUUGUUUAUGACCUCGUAUACGUCCGUCCCUGGCCGCCCGGCUGCCCGGCGCCUCCCCACGAUGGCGGUGUUUCGUGUGCUGGGUAUUCUCAGCAUUUCAGUCUCGACCUCCCAGCCACAGUCCGCGGCAAUAUCCGACACCCAGGCAACCAGACAGGCGUAUGUGGAUGUUGCCUUGGCUUUGUCUUUGGGUAGAGGUGCGCGGAAGAUGGCUCCACCCAGGUUGUGGCUACAACAUGGGAUGGCGAUAAAGGGGCAGUCGGAGGCAGCGGCCAGUAUCGGUGUCCAGGGCGUCAGUUCAUCCGCAUGGUUGGAUAUGAUGAAGGUGCCCUUGGGGAACGUUCCGUCGUGAGAUUUGGCCUCGAGUGAGCCGCCGUCCGAGUCUUCCGGGGAAGAUCCGUGCUCGGGUUGGAUCAGGGAGGGCAACAGGACGAGCUCACGUAGGAAUGCAUUCCCAUCACGCAGCUUCCCGUUGUACAUAUUCCAGGACUUCCUGGAUCGUGCGUCAAACCCCCAGCCACUGGCCACCGAAAACUGACGCAAUCAGUGGUUUUGAUACCGGAAAACCCCAAACAGAGAGGAAAGCUGAUCGGUGUGCCCAGCCACGGAUUUCUGUAAUCUUUGGUGGCAGGGUUGUUGGGGAAAGAGUGGACUGACCGGAAGCCUUCAAAGUUCAGAAUGUGAACCAGCAGGCCAUUUCCAGUCCCGAUAUCCACGAAUCCCGGGAACUCUUGGUCCUUAUACAAAUCGGCCCACAGCUCCAAGAGGAAAGCGGCGAUGCCAAGAUCCUCAAACACGUGCUUCAUAGGAUCAGUGGUCUCGACCCAGCCUUCCACAAGCCUCUUGGCGUACUUUUCCUUGAGGCGGGAGUAUCUGUCCUGGAGUACAGCCUGGGGAACUAGGAUGUCGUGAUGGACCCGCUUGACGUAGCCGUUGAGUUGUCCCUGGCCAAGCUUGUGUAGAAUAGUCAGGAUGUUGAGAGCCGUGCGCUGGAGCUUCGUGUACAUGGGAACGUCUUCGAACAGUCGAUAGUGGACUGAGAAGGUUCCCUUCCUCAGGCUAGCGUCCCACUCGUGGAGAAGCCCGACACCGGCGACCUGGGGAUGAUAGAACGGCACUUCGGAGGCAGAUAAAACAUGUGGAAGGUAGAGCACAAGACGCCUGCUGAUGCCGCUCUUCCCGGCCUGCUCGGUGGAAGCGUAGAAGGGGCAGCUUUGCAGGAGGGUGUUGUCCCGCUUUGUGUUCCUCGGGAUGAGGCGUCGGACGAAAACGCGCUCGCAACGCAUGUCCCUGAGCACAGGAAUCCGGGGCUGCCCCCCCUCCUCCCAGGGCGAGGCACCGUCGUGCUCGGCAAGAAGAUCAGCCCGGAAGAGCC